CCUGUUUCUCCUGGACCUGCGUUCACCAUUCGGGCCACGUCCAGUCCACGGAGGUGCGCCGUUGGUGACGGUCAACGUCGGAAUUCUGAGCACUAGCACGGGAGAUACCACGUUCCAUCUCCGGCACAUAUUAGGCCGAGGAAGUCUGGCCUAGCCCACACCAGCUGCCCAGCCUCUGACCGUGCAAAGUGGGCGCCGUAGAUCGCUGAGACCUCAAUAACAGGAUUCAGCGUCUGAGACUGCGCUUUGGAGAGAGAGUACUGCAGAGCGCCUAGGAAGCACACGCCUCUUCGUACGCGUUCCUAAGCUGCUGGAAAUGACCGCCGAAGCCGCCGUCGUUCUGCCCGUGUGGCUUAACAAAGACUUCGCGAAAAGUUCGCUGAAGGAGUCGAACAGUUGUGGAGACUUCAAGAUCCUGUCAGUAGACGUCCAACGAGCGACAGCUCCGGGUGACAACUACCUGAGUGAAGUCUACCGCAUGACCGUUCACCUAGAGCACAACGUGAAACAGUAUAAAAGGAGCGUGUCGUUGAUAAUAAAAUGUCUCCCAGACAGCGAAGUCAUGAAGACAAUAGCACAGGACAUGCAAGCCUUCGAGCAAGAGACUCUCAUGUUCUGCGAGACGAUUCCCGCGAUGUCGAAAAUCCUGGAGGAAGCGGCCCCCGGCAAAUACACGCAGCUGUCAGCAAAGUGUUUCGCCUCCGGACGGGAGCCAGUCAGCUACGUAGUGCUCGAGGAUUUGAAGGCCAGAGGGUUCGCUUUGGCGAAGAGGUGCAAGGGACUGGAUCUGGCGCACGCCAGACUCGUGGUCAGGAAACUGGCGGAGUUCCACGCGUCUUCAGUCAGGCUGUACGAGCAGAGACCAUCUGCGCUGGACCGCUACCAGACCUUUCGAAUGUUUGAGGGAGACAUGGCUAAGCACCUGGAACCCUACGUGAAACAGGGUUGCAAAUUACUUGCAGAUCAGCUGGAGACGUUAGAGAAAUCGUACUCCAAGUACGCACCCAAAGUGCGAGCUCUCUCGGAAAACAUAUUUCCACGGCUACUAGAGUUGGUGAAACGGAAGGGAAAGUUUCGUGUGCUAACCCACGCAGAUACCUGGGUCAACAACAUCAUGUUCAAAUAUGCAGGUGGAGUCGUCCGAGACGUGGUUCUACUUGAUUUCCAGUUGGCUUCAUACAACUCGCCUUCGAUUGACUUACAGUAUUUUACACACACGAGUCUCACGGAAGAAGUGUACUCCGAUCACCUGACAGACCUUUUGAAAGAGUACCACAACCAUUUAGUCGAAGUGAUGAGCGAUAUUGGUGUCAGUACCGACAAACAGAUAUCCUUCGAGGAGCUUCUGGAAGAUUUCGAAGAGCACUGUCUGUACGCCGUAUUCGCAUCGGUAGGUGUGUUGCCGGUUGUACGCACUGAAGAAGAGACGAGGUUCGACGUAGAGUCUUCAGUCAAAGAAAAUGACAGUGAUACCAACAGAAAGGCCUUCGCAGGUGCUUCGUAUGUGGAAGCUGUAAAGCAGAUGCUUCCACAAUUUGAAAAGAAAGGUUUAUUCUCAAGUAAUUAGUUUUUUUUAUUUUCUGGCGAAACAAACUUGACUGUUGUGUAUCUGAAAAUUAAGUAGAGUGACCAUGUUUUCUCCAUGUUUUAUUCUUAGUCCUGUCACCUGAAGUACCAAUCGUAUAUUUCCAGUCACUCAGCACUGAUAAUAUCUAGAUGACCAGUAUUUCAGUAACAGUAACUAUAUUUGACACUGUAACAUGUUAUUGCACAUAAGAAUGAUAUACACUAUGUAAAAAUAUUGGCAAGCUAUGUAUGUUUUUAUCAUCUCGUUAAUAAACUCCAUUAUGGGUAAGA